AGCAACCUAAAAAAACCCCUUUUUAACAUUUUCCCCUCAUCUCCCCUAAAACCUCCUCAUCCCCUCUUCAAUGGCGAAAACGGAGGGUCAGAACCCUAAAUCAUCAGGAGUUACAUCCCUUAAAACACACUCCAAUGUCUUUCGAAAAAGUGAUCAUCAAGACAAGAAGAAGAAAAAGCCUGGUUUCUUAGUAAGUUCAAAAGCAGAGUUAACGCGCAAAGAAAAACACAAGAAAAAAGCCAAAUCAGGAGGGUUUGAAUCCUUAAACUUAAGUUAUAAUGUCUAUAAAGCAAUCAAAAGAAAAGGAUAUACAGUUCCAACCCCAAUUCAACGUAAAACUAUGCCUAUUAUCUUUGCUGGGGCUGAUGUUGUUGCUAUGGCGCGUACUGGGUCUGGAAAAACUGCUGCUUUUCUUAUCCCUAUGCUUGAAAAAUUGAAGCAGCAUGUUCCUCAAGCUGGUGUUAGGGCUUUGAUUUUGUCUCCUACCAGAGAUUUGGCACUUCAGACUUUGAAGUUUACUCAGGAACUGGGUCGUUUUACAGAUCUUCGUACGAGUCUUUUAGUUGGUGGGGAUUCAAUGGAAAGUCAGUUCGAAGAUUUGGCUCAGAGUCCAGACAUUAUUAUUGCCACACCGGGUAGACUGAUGCAUCAUUUGUCUGAGGUGGAUGAUUUAUCGCUUCGAACUGUGGAAUAUGUGGUCUUUGAUGAAGCUGAUUCAUUGUUUGACAUGGGUUUUGCCGAGCAAUUGCAUUCAAUUCUGACUCAGUUGAGUGAGAGUCGGCAGACUUUGCUUUUUAGUGCUACUAUGCCAAGUGCUUUGGAACAGUUUGCUCGGGCUGGUUUGCGGGAUCCUCAGCUUGUACGCUUGGAUGUGGAGAGUAAAAUUAGUGCUGAUUGUAAGCUCACCUUUUUCACCUUGAGGCCGGAAGAGAAACUUGCAGCCCUUGUGUAUUUGGUAAGGGAAGUAAUCAGGCCUGAGGAGCAAAUGUUGAUCUUUGUUUCCACUAAACACCAUACAGAGUUCUUAAAAUCAUUGCUUGCACAAGAGGGUAUUGAAUCCGCUAUAUGCUAUGGUGAUAUGGAUCCAGAAGCUCGUAAAAUCAACUUAUCGAGGUUUCGAUCAGGGAAAACGAGACUGCUAAUUGUUACAGAUGUUGCUUCUAGAGGCAUUGACAUUCCUUUGUUGGACAACGUAAUUAUUUGGGACUACCCUCCAAGACCUAAAAUAUUUGUACAUCGUGUUGGUAGAGUUGCGAGGAAUGGUCGCACUGGCACUGCUUACUCUCUCGUGACGUUUGAGGAUAUGCCUUACUUUUUGGACCUUCAUCUAUUUCUGUCGAAACCUUUUAGGCCUGCUCCGACAGAAGAGAAGCUUCUGAAAGAUAUGGAUGGUGUUAUGGCUGAGAUUGAUCUAGCUAUGGCCAAUGGAGUGACUGUGUAUGGGCGGUUUCCUCAAACUGUUUUAGAUCUUCUUCAAGAUAAACUUAGGGAUCUCAUAGACUCAUCUGCCGAUUUAACUGCUUUACAAAAAACUUCAAGAAAUGCAUAUCGUGAGUAUUUAAAGACAAAGCCCUUGCCGUCAAAGCAAUCAAUUCGGAGAGUUAAGGACUUGCCUCGCGAAGGCUUGCACCCGAUGUUUAAAGGGGUGUUAGGAGGCAAUGAGCUAACCGCUUUAGCGUUCACUGAACGCUUAAAAUCUUUUAGACCGAAGCAGACAAUCUUGGAAGCUGAAGGUCAUGCUGCCAUGUCAAAGCAUCUUAAAGGUUCUUCUAGUCAAUGGGUUGAUGUGAUGAAGAAGAAGAGGGAAGUUCAUGAGCAUAUUAUUAACCAGGUGCAACAGAAAUCCUCCGCUGACAAGGAAGUUAAGGAAUCCGAACCUGAGAUAAAUUUUGUCAAGACAACGAAGAAAAAAGAAACUUCUGGUUCAAAAAGAAAAGCAGUGAGCUUCAAGAAUGAGGAGUUUUUCAUCAGUCCAGUGCCAACAAACCAGUAUUCGGAGGCUGGACUCUCAGUGCGAAGUGAUGGCUUUGGAAUGAAUAGGUUGGAUUCAGCUGUAAUGGAUUUAGUUGCAGAUGAUAAGGUGGGCAUGCAGAAACAAAAAAAUGUCUAUCACUGGGAUAAGAAAAGCAAAAAGUAUGUCAAGCUUAAUAACGGCGAUCGUGUAACUGCCAGUGGAAAGAUUAAAACUGAAGGAGGGAAGAAAGUGAAGGCUAAAAAAACUGGUAUUUACAAAAAAUGGAAAGCAAGUACGCACAAUAAAAUUGCUAACAAAGGAGCUGAUGAUGGACACGUUGGAGUAUCAGGCUCAGCAGUUGGUCGAUUUAAGAGAGGAUUCAAAGGACGAUACCAACAACGAUCCAUUCCGAAUGCACACGUGCCUUCAGAAAUCAAAGACCUUGAACAAGUGCGUAAAGAGAGACAAAAGAAGGCAAGCCAGCAAUCGGCAAUGAAAAACAAAAAAUCAAAACGGGGAAGCAAAUUUGGUAAAAGCGGCAAGAAAAGAAAGGCCAAGUAGAAGCCAUUGAAGUCGUAAAUUAUCGUACUUAACCUCUCGAUUUUUUGACCUUACAAAGCGAUCUUGUUAUCAAAAUGAUACAGUUUAGUUUUAUUAUCUCUAUUAUUAUGCCCCAAACUGGAUACUUUUGAACAUGCCCCUAAUGGUGUAUUAUGAAAGGAUUAUUUUUACCAAAA